AAGGAGUAUUGUGUGUUAUCCAUAGUUUUAGAACCUAGUGAUUGUUGGUUUAGAGUUAAGUCUGGAAUUUCUGCUAAGGAUGUUGCUUUCACAAGAUGUUUAUUUAGAAUAGCACAAAGAAAUUCU